UAAAGCAAGCUGAUAAAACGUGGUUCAGUGAUUGAUUGAAAAUUGGCGUAGCCGAUUAGUGCACGGGAAACGGUAGUUUCAGGCUCGCCAGCAUGGGCACCGUGCUAAGUUUCAGCCCACGGGAGCGACGCCCAAUACCGAGCCUGACAUCCGCUACCGCUUCUCUAAACAUCAAUGGAUCAUCCAAUAAUUCGGACCAAGAUGAUUUGUCUUUGACCCGACCUUCGCUGCUUAUGAAUAACCAUUCCUACGAGCAAUUAAACAAUGCCAAGAACCGCGAGAACAAUAAACCGAUACAACUUCAUCACCAUCAUCACCAUCAUCACAAUCACAACCAGAGUCAAGAUAUGAAUCUAAAUCUCUGCGUUGAUAGAAACGAUAGCGCGCGAAUUUUAUCUGAGAAGAAUGCAUUAGAGAAAAAUCUUAAAAAACAUUCUCUUUUCAUAAAUGCGCUUUCUUGGAAACGUUUUUCGGCUGCGGCUACUGGCAACAAGAAGAAAGUAGAGAACAAUAACAAAAAUAAAAACGUUACCGCGUUCAGGCAGCAGCAACAACAACAACCACUGCUGGAUAAUAUUCGACCGUUGGUGGCAACUGUAGACAAAAACAAAAAUGUUAGACAUCAGCAAGUCGACGCUGCUGCAUGUUUCUAUGCGACUGCAACGGGCGUCGAGGCUGCUGCUGGACUUGCUUUAGAUAUUGUCCGUGCUAAUAAUGUUGCUAAUAAUAACAUAAAUAAUAUUAACAAUAUAAACAAUAAUAAUAACAACAAUUGCGGAGCUGCGCGAACGGUUGAUAAAUUAGGACCAAAAGCAUCAUUGCCGCCGCCAGCACCUCGAAAAACAGUUAUCCAAGCUUCCACGUCCGAAUUAUUGAAGUGUUUGGGAAUGUUUUUACACGCGCGAUGCCACAGGCUUCGCGACUUUCAGGCGGGGGAUGCUGUUAUGUGGCUGAGAGCAGUGGAUAGGAGUUUAUUGCUCCAAGGAUGGCAGGAUGUAGCAUUCAUUAACCCGGCGAACGUCGUGUUCGUGUACAUGCUAGUACGCGAUUUGGUCGACGGGGACGAGCUGGACAGCGAGCAAGACUUACAAGCUGUGGUGCUGACCUGCCUCUACCUGUCAUACUCGUAUAUGGGCAACGAGAUCAGUUAUCCACUAAAACCGUUCCUGGUCGAAGAUCGCAAAGAGCCAUUCUGGGACCGCUGUCUACUGAUAGUCAAUCGAUUAUCGUCGGACAUGCUGAGAAUCAAUGCAGAACCCGGCUAUUUCACUGAAAUAUUCACCGAACUGAAAGCGUGCGGGAUGGGCGCACUGCCUGCGUCACUUUCGCGACAUGCCGCUUGA